AUGUGUGGCUCACUAGGAACUGUUUAUUCGCUAAAGGAGAGGCUGGACAGAUUUUUCCACCCACGUUCGAGCUUCGAGUGCCUCUGUUAUUCUCCCAGAGCCCAUUUCGCCGCGGCCCCUCGCCUCCUUCGCCCGCUUCCCCCAGGCCUGACCUCUCAUGACGAUGAGCGGACCAAGGCCCAGGUAGCGACGGCAGGAACAGCGGGAAACGCCGUCUCGAGGCCUUCGAUCAGAGCCAUCACCUUCAGACCCCGUCGUAGGCAACUCUGGCCCAGCUCCGCGGCGGCGCGCGCGCUCCCGGACGUCCUCACGUGCGCGCGCCCCGCCCCCGCGCGACGCGCCGAGGGCCAGAGGCGUGCGGCGGAGGACCGACCGCGGGCGUCGGCGUUAAACAAUAAGCGUACGUGCGUCUGUUUGGAGCCUCCAGAACCUGCCCUCGAGGGAGGAGCCUGCAGUUGGGGGCGGGCCUGGUCCCGCCCGGCUCGCCUGGCCUCUGGAGGCUGCUCUGCCCUUUGGUCGCGCUUGGCUCGCGUCCGGCGAAGCGUGAGGUGGAAGAGCCACGUCGGCGAGGUUCAAGAGGCUGGGAAGUUCAAGAUCAAGGUGUCAGCAGAUUUGGUGUCUGGGGCCAUGGGUUCAUCCCCUGGUCAGGGAACUAAGAUCCCAUAUGCCGCAUUGUGUGGCCAAAGACAAAAAAGUUGCAGAUUGAAGAUGAAGUUGAAGUUUACCAGGAUGGCUAGCCUCCUAGAAGAUGAAGGACCACUUGAAGAGAGUCCACAGGUGUCUCAACCAUCUUGGCCUCCUCAGUUGUGGCCCCAGACACACGUAUGAGAGCAUCCUAGACCUUCUAACCCCAACUGAGAUGAUUCAGACCAGAAAAACUCAGCCAGUCAACCCACAGAAUCACAGGAAAUAAUAAAUAUUUUGUUUUAAGCCUCCAGAUUCAGAGCAGUUUGUUUCAUAAUAAAAGUUAACUGAUACCCUAAGUGACCAAGUAGAUGUGAAGUGGGAAAGAAGUGUAAGAUGAAUCCCCUUUUUGUAGCUUGGGUGGAUGGAUAAAUCAAUUGGAAUGCUAUAAAUAUGAGAACAAGUAUAAAUAUUAGCGGAGAAGGCAAUGGCACCCCACUCCAGUACUCUUGCCUUGAAAAUCCCAUGGAUGGAGGAGCCUGCUAGGCCACAGUCCAUGGGGUUGCGAAGAGUCAGACAUGACUGAGUGACUUCACUUUCACUUUUCACUUUCAUGCACUGGAAAAGGAAAUGGCAGCCCACUCCAGUGUUCUUGCCUGGAGAAUCCCAGGGACGGGAGCCUGGUGGGCUGCCGUCUAUGGGGUCACACAGAGUUGGACAUGACUGACAUGACUUAGCAGCAGCAGCAUAAAUAUUAGAAUGAGUCAUAGAUCAUAUUACUAAAAAGAAUAGGAUAUGCAUUUUUUUUUUUUUAUAAAAGUUUGGAGGGAUAACAAUACCUUCAACUUUGAAGUACUCAACCUUAGGAAUCCAUGGGACUCCUAAGGUGAAGAUACCCAGUUGGCAGUUAAAUAUAAAGACCUGGAGAUAGAAAAUUUGGAGUAAAAGCUGUAGCUGUGAAUAACAUUCUCAUUUAUUAGUUUUUGAAGCUCUUUUCCUUGGUAUUUUAGACAGUGUUGUCUACAAAUAGAGACAACCUCUUCCUUUUUCAGUCUGUGUGUCUGUCUUCAUCGUUUUUGCUGUAACUUGCAUCCAUGUUGAAUAGGAAGGGUUCAUGAAUAUUCAUUAACCCUCAGUAUUCAUUGGGAGGACUGAUGCUGAAGCUGAAACUCCAGUACUUUGGCCACCUGAUGUGAAGAACUGACUCAUUGGAAAAGACCCUGAUGCUGGGAAAGAUUGAAGGCAGGAGGAGAAGGGGACAACAGAGGAUGAGAUGGUUGGAUGGCAUCACCAACUCAAUGGACAUGAGUUUGAGUAAACUCCAGGAGUUGGCGAUGGACAGGGAGGCCUGGCGUGCUGCAGUCCAUGGGGUCACAGUGGUUGGACACGACUGAGUGACUGAACUGAACUGAGGAGGGGUUAGAGUUUCUUGAUUUUAGGGGGAAGACAUUCAGUCUUUCACUAUUGUGUUAGCUAUAGUUUUUCUUUUGUACAUAUUAAUGCCAUUUUUCAGGUUCGAUGAGUUCCCUUAUUUUCCUAGUUUAAUAAGAAUUUUUAUCCUGAAUAGAUACUGAAUUUUGUCCAAUGCUUUCCCACCUUUAUUGAGAAAUCAUCUGGUUUUUCUUCUUUAAUCUGUUAAUAUGGUAGAUUAUGUCAACUAAUUUUUUUCUUUUUGGCUCUGUCGCAUGGCUUGCAGGAUCUUAGUUCUCUGAUCGGGGCUUAAACCCAGCCAUGGCAAUGAAAACAUCAAGUUCUAACGACUGGAUUUUUUUCUAACCACCUCACCUAAUUUUUAAAUGUUGAGCCAGAACCUUCAUUUUCAGGAUAAACCCCACUAGGUUGAAGUGUAUUAUUAUUAUUUUACAUAUUGCAUUCCAUUUGCUAAUAUUUUGUGGUGUAUUUUUGCAUGUAUGUUUAUAGGAGAUACUGCUUUUCUGAUGUCUGUCUGGCUUUGGUAAUGAAGUCAUGCUGGCCUGAUUUGGAGAUGUCUCCUGUUCUAUUCUCAGAAAGAUUGUAUGGAAUUAGUAUUAUUUCUUCAUCAAUGAUUUGGUAGAAUUUGCCAGUGAAGUCCGCCAGCCUAAAAUUUUCUUUAUGGAAUGAUUUUUAAACUACAGAUUUAAUUUCUUUAAUAGAUAUAGAAUUGUUCAUGUUAUAUAUUUCUUCUAGUUUCCUAGUUUGUACCUAUGAAUGAACUGGUAUAAAAUUGUUUGUAAUAUUCCCUUAUUAUCUUUUAAAUAUUUGUAGUGUCUGUGAUUAUAUUAGCUUUCAUUCCUGAGUUUUGUAAUGUGUCUUCUUUGUUUUUUUUUUGGGUGGGGGGCACAGUAUAGGUAGAAGUUUAUAGAUUUUAUUGAUAAAUUCAAGAAAUUCAUUUAUUUUGGUUUUAUUUACUUUUCUCUGUUAUUUUCCUGUUUUAAUGUUAUUGAUUUCUGCUCUUCAUUAUUUUCUUUCUUCUGUUUGUUUCAGAUUUAAUUUGCUAUCUUUUUUCUGGACUAUAAAGGUGAACGUUUAGGUCA